AUGCAUGAUAUAGAUUAUAUACGUAAAAACCCUGAAGUAUUUGAUAAAGCAAUGAAAAACAGAGGGGUAAGGGAGUUUCCUAUAACUGAAAUAUUGAAAAUUGACCAAGAAAGUAGACUGCUAACUACUAAAUUGCAGGCUUUGAAUAGGCAACGCAAUGAAAUUACGGAAAAAAUAAAAAAACUUAAGACAGCUAAAAGUCCAUGUGAACAAGAAGUGGCAUUAUCAAAAGAUAUUGCAAAUGAGAUAGAAGCAGUAAGUUCAAAAGAAAGGAAAAUAAAAUGUAUGUUGCUUGAUAUUUUAUCUAAUUUACCAAAUGUUGCUACGCAAGAUGUACCAAUCGGCGAAAAUGAGAACUUUAACGUAGAGUUAAAAAGAUAUGGAGAGAAAAAGCAAUUAAACUUUACACCAAAAUCUCAUUAUGAAUUAGGAGAAAAACUAGGUUUGAUGGACUUUGAAAAAGCAGCAAAAAUUGCUGGGUCAAGAUUUGCAAUAUUAAAAGGGAAAUUAGCUCAGCUAGGACGGGCAUUAGUAAGUUUUAUGCUUGAUAUGCACACUAAUGAGUUUGGUUAUACUGAAGUAUAUCAUCCAAUUUUGGCAAAAGAUGAAGCUAUGUAUAAUGUUGGUCAAUUACCAAAAUUUUCUCAUGAUUCAUACUUAACUACCGAUGAGUUAAGGUUAAUACCUACAAGCGAGGUAGUGUUAACUAACUUAGUUGCAGAUAAGCUUGUAAGUAAAAAUGCACUGCCCAUCAGGUUUGCUGCCUAUUCAGAAUGUUUUCGCAAAGAAGCGGGAAGUGCUGGACGAGAUACUAGAGGUAUAAUGAGACAGCAUCAAUUUGGUAAAGUUGAGUUGGUUAGUAUUACGAAUGAAGAUCAAUCGAAUAAUGAACUUGAGUUCAUGACGAAUGUUGCCGAAGAAGUAUUAAAGAAAUUAGAAUUGCCAUAUAGAGUAAUGUUACUAUGCAGUUGUGAUAUGGGCUUUGCCGCAGAGAAAACUUAUGAUAUAGAAGUAUGGCUACCUGGACAAAAUAGAUAUCGGGAAAUAUCAAGUUGUUCAAAUUGUGGUGCAUUUCAAGCAAGGAGAAUGAAUGCUAAAACUUCUAAUGGAAAAGCAAGGAAGUAUGUCCAUACUUUGAAUGGUACAGCUUUAGCUAUAGGAAGAACUAUUAUUGCUAUAAUGGAAAAUUAUCAAAAUUCUGACGGGUCAAUUGCAGUGCCAGAUGCAUUGCAAAAAUAUAUGAGAUGUCAAAGUAUUUGA